AUGGCGGGCCAUUUAGGCCUGGAGGACUUGAAUCUGACUGGAGAAGAAGCUGAGCGCCUGACAAGCGCUUUCAAGGACGAGGGCUUCCGUACUCUUUUCGCGGAGUACGUGGCCGAACUGAACAAUCCAGAACAAAGGGCCAUUUAUGAGGCCGAAGUGAUAGCUAUGGAGCGACAGCGGGGCGUCGAAGCCCGCUUCCUCCACCCCACGCCUGGCUGGGUCCUGCGCACGAGCCAGGCUGGUAGCCGGCGCUGUUACAUCAACAUCUGCAGCAACCCGCUAAUAGGGAGGCCGGAGCCUCGGCCAGAGUCUGGAGGUUACUGCUGGCUUCUGCCACACUCCUUAGCGCCGGGCCGCGAGGAACUGAGCCGCAGCCAGCCGCGUGGGCCUCGCCGCCUGGUCUACGACGUCGUCUUCCACCCGCAUACCCUGCGUUUGGCCGCCCGCUUAGCCCAGUUCCGCCGUCUGGUAAACGACACGGCCUUGGAGGCGGUAGAGAAAAACUUCUCCCCGCAACUGGAUCGCACGAACGCCGUUCCCCUCCGCCGCAUCAAGUACAAGGGCGUCCCGCAGGCCACGCUGCUCCGGACGCCGCUUGCCGCAGGAGCUCGGCCAUCGCCAGAAGAGGGUGGAGAGCCAGCCGACUCUCCCUUGCCGCCUUUCCCUUCGCCCUACACCUAUCCGCCGCCCAGUCCGCAGUACGAAACUCCGAGCCCCCCUCCGCCCAAGCCAGCCCCGUCUGCCACCACUCCGCAAUGGACCCUCCAGCACCGCUCCUACGUGGACCUUCAGGAUUAUCGCAACAGCCGGGACUCCGCGCCUAGCCCGAUCCCCCGCGAGCUGGUGGUGACCAUUGAACUGCCGUUGCUCAGUUCUGCCGCCCAGGCCCAGCUGGAGAUCCGGGGCCAGGAACUCCAGCUGGAUUCGCAGCGCCCUGCGGCCUACCAUCUGCGCGUCCCUUUGCCCUACGCAGUGGAGGAGAACCGUGGACGAGCCACGUUCAACAAAGCCAAGAAACAACUGGUGGUCGUGCUGCCGGUUUUGCGGAAGCCUGACGCGGGGUUGACUUUCAGCAUCCAAGCUGCGCAAGAGCAAAUCGAGGCCUCGCCAGAAAACGAGGAGCAGCUGCAAGAAGACAGCUGCAUCAGCCCGUAUAUAGACGGUGCGGAAGUGUGUCAAAAGACCAGCUAUUCUGAGCAGGCGCUUCCCGUUCUUGUGUCCGACGUAGAAAUAACUCCGACGCUCUCUUUAGCUGUUGCUACAACAAAUGAUACUGUGGAGACAGGUUUAGUUUCUGACGUGAACGGCCCAGUUCCGCUCAGUGCUCACGAACGGACUGUACGUAACAAUCUGGAGUUUUCGACGCGUUCGGGAGAAGAGAAUUCCAUUGUUUCUUGUGCUUCUGAAUUUAAUGCUGCACUUCCCGUGUGCAACGAGAACAAUAGUGAAGGGGAUCCGGGGUUGACCAGAAGCAGUAACAACGUGAUCUUGGGUGCACAGCCUGAAGGUACCGGUUUAGAUUCCCUUUCCCCCUCUCUGCAUACUGACCAGACUUGGGAGCUCCUUACAGAUCCUGUUGUUUCUUUAAAUCAGGAACAUCUCUGUACCGACAUGGAACUUAAUAAAAGUUCCAACAUCGCUAAUGUUGAACUCCCAUUAUGUCCAGAUAACAGCACAAUCCCGUGUAUAUGGUCCUCUGAUAGCUUGGAUCAUUCGGAGACAACUUUGUCAAUUGAUACAGCAAACCCCACUACUUCUAACCACGUGGAACAUUCUUUUUUGUACCCUGGAAAGAGAACCACUGUUUCUUCUGUUCAGCCUUCACAAAAGCUUGAAAUUGCUGGCGAUACUCAUAUAACCUCUACUUGCAGUCCUGAUCCUUCAAUAUCUUCUGCCAGCACUCUAUAUCCUCCUUUUAAUUGUACUCAAGAUGAAAAGUCUUUGGUGAUCCUCUUACAGGUUCCAGAUAUUGUUCCCUUGAGUCUCCAGGGGGAAGUGGGCACAAAUUACUACUGGGUGAAUUUUGCAAACAAAGACUCUGUUUCCUAUAAUUUCCUCUUGCAAUUUCUUCCUGAAAAUAAAUUAUCUUCUCCAGAAAGUGAAGUUAAUGUAUCACCUAAUAAUAUUGUCAUUAUCCUCAUCAAAUCUCCUGAAACCACUGGAAUUUGGACAAAGUUCUAUUUUGGUUCAAAUUAUGAUAAUUUACAGGAAAGAUGGUUUAUCACUGAAAACAAUGUUGAUAGGUUUGUCAGUCACCCAGGGAUAUGCUGCUCCAGUCCAUCGGAGAAAGAACACAAGCCAUUAAUUGAAGUACUGGAUGUCUCUGAGGGCAAAAGCCAGAUCAGAUUAAAGAUAGAGAAUGGUAGCCUUGAACCUGGCAGAAGAGAAAAAAGAGAGGGCAGUGAACAAGAACAUGGCAGCAAACUUUUAACAGAUGAAGAAAAUUGCUCUGAACAAAUCAAGAGUGUUUCAGGUUCAUUUGCAACUAUGCAGACAAUGGGGGAAGUUGGCAAGGGAUCAAGCUAUUGUAAGGAGCUUGACCCUAGUGAUCCCAGUGGGAGGAUUCUGGGGAAGUUGCAGAUAGAUAAAUUACAUGAGUCAGGACUUUCUUUUGCAACAGGCAAAAGAGCCACGUCCUCAGUGCAAACUGAGCUUCAGGAGGGAGAGGAAGUGAAUGAACAUAAGGUGUCCUCACAGAACAAAGAAGAGUUAAACAGGUUAGCUCCCACUCCAUUAAAGGAAACUAAUAUGCAAGAUGGUAGUGUGGAGUAUACAAGCUGUCACAGAACACAGUGUGCAGUCACCUUUGAAAAUGCUUUGCUGUAUGAACUGGAUUAAAUCAGUUUUGUAAGGUUCUUACCGAGUCUUCAGCUACCUCAAAUUCUGCAUUUACUUGUGAAGUGUACAAAAAGUCAGAGUUAUACGGAAAUUGAAAUUCAACUGAUGGAAGAAAAAAGGAAUAGAAACUGCUUGUUCUAAGCCUUCAUUUAGUUCAAAGAUUUGAAUGUCAGUAAUUUAUUACUGAAUUUCAAAAAUAAAUAGGCAGUUCAUUAAAGCAAUACAGAUUUCUCAGGCAAAUCCUGGUCUAAAUUAGAUAACACAAGUUAUAAAAGCUUGCAGAAUCUGCAAACAAUCUGCAAACACCUUGGCUUAUAAGUAAACUAUAAAACUAUGUUUUUUGCGCAAACAUGUAACUCCCUUAUGAGCCAUGGUUAAUUGGGAAGACUGGAUAUAAAAUUUCUGAGACGAUUGUCUGAAAGGAAUAUAACUACACAGACCAUUCGCAUCUGCAAAAUCUAAUUCUGAUGGUUUCCAGCUCUUUAUUUUUAACAUCCCCUUCUGUUUUCUCCAGUUUUCAGCCAAAUGACAAAUAAUAACCCAGUAAACAUUCUCCCCAAAAUAGACGACAUUUCAUACAAAAACUUUGCUGUUAGAAUUGCUUUCAAAUGUGUAUUUGCACAGCUUGCGAGUUCUCGUGCUAUUUUUGCACCCUAUAGGAGGCAAGAGAAUAAAGGUUAUUAACAAUUAAUUGCUGUAUGGUUUGAAAACCUUUUCAGUCUUUCAGGAGCCUUUUUAAUGUCACAUUGGGGAAAUUCUUCCACUGGUAUGAAAAAGUGGUAACUGUAAAAUGAAACCAUUGAAACCAAAUUGAUUUUUUUUGUAAAGUGGCUAGGAUUCUAAUGCUUCCAGAUUGUCAAUUUUAUUUACUUAAAUUUUCAAAGAAUUAAUUUCAGAGCUUAAUUUAAAAACAUUUUGUAAGCAUUGUCCUAUUUUGUCGCAGCAACCAUAGCAGGCUGAACCUUUUUUUGUUAAGUCAACAAGUAAUGUCAUUAAAUAAUCAUCAGAAGACUUACCUAUGCAAACAAUAAGCUAGGUACCUCCAUAAAAAUAUAUUUUUAGAUAAUAUAUAUUUGAAAUUAUGUUAUCCUUUUGAAUAUGCAGAUCACAUUAAAACUGUCUUAUUGAAAUCCAGUUAAAUUAUCAUAAUAUCAAAAACUACACAGUACGCUAUAACAGAGAACUGUUCUAAAUGUCAACUUAAUUAAAUUUCCUUGCUUAAGCCAACUUUUAAUUAUGCCCUAGAAUUAUCCAUUAGGUGGAAAAUGGCCUUUAGUGCUGUUGAUUAUUUGCUGGAAAUUAGCAAGAGACAUCACAAGUGCACGAAGCAAACACUACAAAGUCAAGAUUAAAGGUUCCAUGAAGUAAAUGAACUUUCAUCUGUGAUUUACGUGGUUCCUAGCUGUGCUUAGUUUUAAUUGGAUUGUUCCAUUUUGCAGACAAUACAGACCAGAAUUUUAACAAAACUCCCUUCUAAGUAAGAAUGAUUUAAAUUAGUGUGCAGUCUUUCAUCCAUUUAACUUAAAAAAGUUCUGUCUGCAUAUUCAAAUGAAAUUAUAAGAGAUUUUAUAAAAUCUAAUAAAUCCUUUUGUAAUCUUAAAAAUAUAUUUUAGAAAAGCAAAAAAACAAGAUACAGGUUUUGUAGUUUUUUUUGUUAAUUCCUCCUAGUUUAAUACACACCUGGAUGUCAUUUUUAAAAUAUAAUUUAUCAAAAAUGUAUUUAUAAGAUUAAGGUAGUUGUCCCAAUUGUUUCUGUUGUCUGUACUUUUGCUGGAAUUUGGACAAGCAAUACAUUUUGGAUUUUUUCAUUAAAAACAAAGGAUGUAUUUUAGAAGGUUUGUUAGCAUAAUGAACUUUUAUGUGGGUUGCUUAGAAGAAAUUUGAGACAAAUUCUACUGUAGAGCUGAGCAUAUAGUUUAAUUAAGUUGUGACUGUUUCCACAAGCAAUGUUUUUUUUAGGGUAUUAAGCCCAAAACUUAUAGAGGUAUUUUAGAAUGUUCUGAUUUUUUUUCUAACAUUCAAAUUCUAUACUCAAUGCUCUAUAAUUAUAUUAGGCUGCCAAAUCUGAAAGUUAAACUGUUUCUAUAUGAAUUAAAUAGUAUAUUUUUAAAAAGAGCAGUUUACAUGUCUUACUUUUAGCACUGCAUUAUGCUAACAUUACUGUAUCAAAAUGUUUAAUUUGUGAUAUU